AUGAAGACCCUCCGGGCACGAUUUAAGAAGACAGAGCUGCGGCUCAGCCCCACUGACCUUGGCUCCUGCCCACCCUGCGGCCCCUGCCCCAUCCCGAAGCCGGCAGCCAGAGGCAGGCGCCAGAGCCAGGACUGGGGCAAAAGUGACGAGCGGCUGCUGCAGGCCGUGGAGAACAAUGAUGCCGCACGGGUGGCCUCCCUCAUUGCCCGCAAGGGGCUGGUGCCCACGAAGCUGGACCCCGAGGGCAAGUCCGCAUUCCACCUGGCGGCCAUGAGGGGUGCAGCCAGCUGUCUAGAGGUGAUGCUGACACACGGCGCCAACGUUAUGAGCACGGAUGGGGCAGGUUACAGUGCCCUCCACCUGGCCGCCAAGUAUGGGCACCCUCAAUGCUUGAAGCAACUACUGCAGGCAUCCUGCGUGGUGGAUACUGUGGACAGUAGUGGGUGGACGGCCCUGCAUCACGCAGGUGGCCAUGCCCUUCCUACCCACCUUUCUCUCUCUCCAGCCGCUGGCGGCUGCAUCUCCUGCUCAGAAAUGCUGUGCUCUUUCAAGGCACAUCUGAAUCCCCGAGAUCGGCUGGGUACAACACCCCUCAUCAUAGCAGCUCAGAUGUGUCACACAGAUCUGUGCCGCCUUCUCCUGCAGCAAGGGGCUGCUGCAAAUGACCAGGACCUUCAGGGCAGGACGGCCCUGAUGCUGGCCUGUGAGGGAGCCAGCCCCGAAACAGUGGAGGUGCUGCUGCAGGGUGGGGCCCGGCCGGGCAUCACUGAUGCACUGGGCCAGGACGCUGCUCACUACGGCGCCCUGGCAGGGGACAAACUCAUCCUACACCUCCUGCAGGAGGCCGCCCAGCGCCCCUCACCACCCAGCGCCCUCUCAAAGGAUGACUCAGGCGAGGCAUCAUCUCAGAACUCUGUGUCCAGCCAUGAAAAGCAAGGGGCCCCCAAGAAGCGAAAGGCACCUCAGCCCCCUGCCAAUAUCCCGAUGCCGGAUGAUCAAGAUGCCUAUGAGGAGAUCGUGCGGCUGCGACAGGAGAGGGGCCGCCUGCUGCAGAAGAUCCGGGGCCUGGAGCAGCACCAGGAACGGAGGAAGCAGGAGCUGCCAGAGGCGGAGGCCAGCUCCCUCCACAGCCUGGAGAGACAGGUGCAAGAGCUACAGCAGCUGCUGGCAGAGAAGCAGGAGGAGAAGGAGAGUCUAGGACGGGAGGUGGAAAGUUUGCAGAGCAGGCUGUCCCUGCUGGAGAAUGAGAGGGAGAACACCAGCUAUGACGUGGCCACCCUGCAGGACGAGGAGGGUGAGCUGCCCGACUUCCCAGGGGCUGAGGCGCUGCUCUCCAAGCACCUAAGCCCAUCGGCCCAGGAGCUCUUGGCCUCGCUGCAGGAGCAGGUGGCCACGCUCACCAGACAGAACCAGGAACUGAUGGAGAAGGUCCAGAUCCUGGAGCACUUCGAGAAGGACGAGAUGGAGGCUGACAGUCUGGCCGAGGUCGUCCCUCUGGUGCUGUACGACUCUCUCCGGGCUGAGUUUGACCAGCUCCGCAGGCAGCAUGCCAAGGCCCUGCAGGCGCUGGAGCAGCAGGAAGCACAGGAGGGCCCUGGAGAAGAGGCAGCCCCUAGGGAGGGCAACGGCCCAGGAGCCAAGACCGCUAGAAACGGACCAGUGGAAACAGAGCUUAACGGCACUGCAGCUCCGGAAACCAGAAUUAAUGGAGCUGAGAGCACAGAUGAGGAGGCUGCGGGAGUAGAAACCACGGAAGCCAGAGCUUUGGAAGCAGCAUCCAUGGUGGCUGAGGCCACGGAAACAAGACCCACGGACGCUGAGGCCACGGAAACAGAGGGUGUGGGCGCCGAGUGCGUGGAAACAAAGGCCACAGGAGCUGAGGUCACAGAAACGAAAACUCUAGAAGAAGGAGGAAACUCAGAAGCAAAGGCCACGGGAGCAGAGUCCACAAAUAUGAAAACAGAGGAACCAGAAUGGAAGGCCAGUGGAACAGGUGCUGUGCAGGAAGAGCUCACAGGCACAGGGACCACAAAAACGGAGGCCAUGGGAGUGGAGGCCACGACCCCCAGGGUCACCACAGGCCCUGCCCUGCACCCCAGUGCUGCCGAGCUGGAGGCGGCCCACGGCAAGUGCGAGCCUGCGGAGGCCGAGGGUAGUGGGACUGGCGGUGACACAGGCCAGCUGCGGGCCGCCCUGGAGCAGGCCCGGGAGGACCUCCGAGACCGGGACUGCCGCCUCCGGGAGCUGGAAGCGGCCUCGGUGCGGCUGGACGAGGCCCAGGCCGGCCGGCUGUUGGCCGAGGAGGAGGCUCGGGGCCUGCGGGCAGAGCUGGCCCAGCGGGAGGAGUUGCGGCUGGAGCUGAGCCGGGAGCUGCAGGCCCUCCGGGAGCAGCUGGCUACGGCCGCAGCCGCCGGGGAGCAGCAGCGGGCCACAGCCAUCAAGCUGGGCCAGGCGCGGGACGUGGCUGAGGCCCGGGCUGCUGAGCUGGCCGCGGCCUGUGAGGAGGCUCGGCGGGGCCUGGUGGAAUUGCGUGAGGCCUCCGAGGUGCUCCGCCAGUCAGUGGUGCCGGCCUCGGAGCAUCACCGUCUGCAGGAGGAGGCCCUGGAGUUGCGGGGCCGGGCGGCCAGCCUGGAGCAGGAGGUGGUGGCCACGGGCAAGGAGGCCGCCCGUCUGCGGGCAGAGCUGGAGCGCGAGCGUGUGGGCAGCGUGGCCCGCCUGGAGCACGAGCGCAUCGUGGAUGCCCUGCAGGCCGACGUGGCCCGGCUGCAGGGGCAGCUGGAGGAGCUGGGGCGACGCCACGAGAAGACCAGCGCCGAGGUCUUCCAGGUGCAGCGGGAGGCGCUAUUCAUGAAGAGUGAACGGCACGCGGCCGAGGCCCAGCUGGCCACCGCGGAGCAGCAGCUGCGGGGGCUACGUACUGAGGCCGAGCGGGCACGCCAGGCCCAGAGCCGUGCCCAGGAGGCCCUGGAGAGCGCCAAGGAGAAGGACAAGAAGAUCACAGAGCUGUCCAAGGAAGUCUUCAGUCUUAAGGAGGCACUGAAGGACCAGCCGGGAGCCCCAGGCUCCUUGGAGGUGGAGACCCUUCGGGGCCAGGUGAAGGCUCUACGGGAGCAGCUGGAGGAAGCUGCCAGGGACCACAGUGCAGUGGUGGCCUUGUACAGGAGCCACCUCCUCUACGCCAUUCAGGGUCAGAUGGAUGAAGACGUACAGCGGAUUCUGAGUCAGAUCCUGCAGAUGCAAAGACUCCAGGCCCAGGGCCGCUGAGAUCAGGGCACUGCCC